AUGUAUGGGCUGGGUGCUGGUGCGACUGCCGACCUAGGUACUCUAGAGCUCGCCACACGUUCAGUUGCCCAGCAUGCGAAGGCUGGUGCCAUUGUGGUCGAGAAAAGCACUGUGCCAUGCGGUACAGCUAGGAUGAUAUCCGAUAUUCUUGGCCAGGUGCGCCCAGAAAUGAGUUUUGAGGUGCUAUCCAACCCUGAGUUUCUUGCUGAGGGUAGUGCAGUCAAUAAUCUGAUGAAUCCAGACCGUGUCUUGAUUGGCAGUGACAAAUCUGCUAAGGGAUUGCGCGCCGCAGAAGCAUUGAAGGCUGUCUAUGGAGCUUGGGUUCCCCACAAACGAAUUUUAACUGUUAAUACUUUCAGCAGCGAGCUGACAAAGUUGAUUGCAAAUGCCAUGCUCGCUCAACGCAUCAGCAGCAUUAACGCCGUCAGCGCUCUCUGCGAAGAGCUCGGCGCGGAUGUCGAGGAGGUCAGUCGUGCUCUUGGAGCCGACUCGCGUCUUGGCCCGAAGUUUUUACAGUCCGGAGUUGGCUUUGGGGGCUCUUGCUUCGAGAAGGACAUUCUAAAUUUGUCUUGGCUGGCAUCAUCUCUGAAUCUGCCGGAAGUCGCGCGUUAUUGGACGGAGAUCUUGACCAUCAAUCAUUACCAGCGGGAGAGGUUCACCCGGACGGUAUCUCGCAAGCUCAAUAACACUUUGCGCGGGAAAAAAAUUGCCAUAUUCGGCUUUGCAUUCAAAGAGGGUACGAACGAUACCCGGAACAGCGUCGCUGUUCAUCUGAUUGCUGAAAUGGCUGCGGAGCUUCCACAGGAGAUUGCAGUAUAUGACCCUGGUUGUGCCGUCGAGGAAGUUGAAGAGGAGAUACAGCGCGUGCUAGGUCACAAAUAUUUGCACAUGGCUCGAGUGAAGGUCCGAUCGAGCUGGCUUGAGACCGUUGAAGGUGCCUCGGCUGUUUGUAUCUUGACUCCAUGGGCUCAGUUUCGUGGCCAGCUGCUCAACACCGUUGGCUCGUCUAGCAAAGACAAACCUGCGCACCCUACCAGAGACAAUCUCCACGAAGGCCCUGGAAUUUCUAUCUCAGCUACAGGUGAAGGCGCUUUAAGUGAGAUGGAUAUAAUCACGCUAGAGGCUAUGAAUGAGAGCCUAGACGAAGUGGCUUCGGAUGAUCCUUUGAGGCGCUUUCUUCCACAGCCUGUGUGCCUUCAAGGCUGCAAGGCCUGCGCUACUACUUCUCUUGAAAACAGGGUCGAAGAACUGGUCGAUUGGAACUUGGUAUUCAAAGUCAUGAAACAGCCCAGCUGGGUGUUUGAUGGCCGCAAUAUUGUAAAUUCGGCUCUACUUCAGGGAAUGGGUUUCAAGGUCCACAGCAUUGGUAAAUGUUUCUAG